AUGCUUGAUGAACAAGAACUUGUCAACUAUAAUGAAACAAAUAAUGCAUCACAAAUAGAAAAUAAAAAUGAUGUAACAUCGUUAGAAAGUGAAACAGCAAUAAAUUCACAAAUAUCAAUAGCAACACGUAGUUUUAAAGAUUAUCUUUUUAAACCUGAAUUACUUCGUGCUGUUAUGAAUUGUGGUUUUGAACAUCCAUCAGAAGUUCAACAAAAAUUUAUUCCACAAGCUAUUCUUGGUACAGAUAUUCUAUUCCAAGCUAAAUCGGGUAUGGGUAAAACGUCAGCUUUUGUACUUGCAACACUUCAACAACUGAAACCUAUUGAUGGACAAAUAUCUAUAAUCGUCAUUUGUCAUACACGUGAAUUGACAUGUAGUAUAGGUCGUGAAUAUGAACGUUUUUGCAGGUAUAUGCCAUCUGUGAAAGUCUCCACGUUUUUUGGUGGUGUACCAAUAACAAAUCAUGAGGAUGUUUUAAAAAAUAAUUGUCCACAUAUUGUUCUUGGAACACCUGGUAGAAUUUUAGCUUUAAUAAAGAAGGAAGUACUUAAUUUAUGUUAUAUCAAACAUUUCAUCCUUGAUUCAUGUGAUUAUUUACUUGAAUCAUUUGAUAUGCGUCGAGAUGUUCAAGAAAUAUUUAAAAUGACACCACAUGAAAAACAAGUAUUGAUGUGUAGUACAAAAUUAAGCAAAGAAAUGCGAACAAUAUGUAAGAAAUUUAUGCACAAUCCAUUGGAAAUUUAUAUGGAUGAUGAAAUUAAAUUGACAAACCAUGAUCUUCGUCAAUAUUAUAUAAAAUUACAUGAAAAUGAGAAAACUCAAAAAUUAGCUAAUUUACUUGAUAAAUUAGAAUUUACACAAUUAAUUAUUUUUGUUAAAUCCGUAUCACGUUGUAUUGAUUUAUGUAAAUUAUUAAUUGAACAAAACUUUCCUGCUAUUGGAAUUCAUAGUGGAAUGGCACAAGAAGAACGUUUAGCACGCUAUAAACAAUUUAACGACUUUCAAACACGUAUUCUUAUUACAACAGAUCUAUUUGGACAUGAUAUUAUAAAUAUUGAACGUGUUAAUAUUAUAUUGCAUUAUGAUAUGCCAGAAGAUAUUGAGACUUAUCUUCAUCGAAUUACUCGUGCUGGUCAUUUUGGCAGAAAAUGUUUGGUAUUAACAUUUGUUACAAAUGAAAAUGAUACAGCAAUUCUUAAUAAAGUUCAAAGUCGUUUCGAAGUACAAAUUACUGAAAUGAUGAAUGAACUUGAAAUUACUACACACAUCGAAAAUCGUUAA